GAAAGCUGGGCGAGCGAGCCGAGCCUGCUGCUCACCUGCAGCCGCCCCGCUCACCUGCCGCGGAGUGCGCGCCCCGCGCCCUCCCGGCCCGCUCCGGAGCCCUGCCGCCCCCCCCUUGCCACAGCGGGCAACUGCGCCGGCAUGCGACACGAGUAGCCCACGCGCUUCGGAAGCACCGGAGGAGCCCCCUCGGCCUGGGCGAGCCAAGAGGACAGGGGUUAAAAUGAAUGAAGACCUGAAGGUCAAUUUAAGCGGGCUGCCUCGGGAUUAUUUAGAUGCCGCUGCUGCGGAGAACAUCUCGGCUGCUGUCUCCUCCCGGGUUCCUGCCGUAGAGCCAGAGCCUGAGCUCGUAGUCAACCCCUGGGACAUUGUCUUGUGUACCUCGGGAACCCUCAUCUCCUGUGAAAAUGCCAUUGUGGUCCUUAUCAUCUUCCACAAUCCCAGCCUGCGAGCGCCCAUGUUCCUGCUGAUAGGCAGUCUGGCUCUUGCAGACCUGCUGGCCGGCAUUGGACUCAUCACCAAUUUUGUUUUUGCCUACCUGCUUCAGUCAGAAGCCACCAAGCUGGUCACGAUCGGCCUCAUUGUCGCCUCUUUCUCUGCCUCUGUCUGCAGCUUGCUGGCUAUCACUGUUGACCGCUACCUCUCACUGUACUACGCUCUGACGUACCAUUCGGAGAGGACGGUCACGUUUACCUAUGUCAUGCUCGUCAUGCUCUGGGGGACCUCCAUCUGCCUGGGGCUGCUGCCCGUCAUGGGCUGGAACUGCCUCCGAGACGAGUCCACCUGCAGCGUGGUCAGACCGCUCACCAAGAACAACGCGGCCAUCCUCUCGGUGUCCUUCCUCUUCAUGUUUGCGCUCAUGCUUCAGCUCUACAUCCAGAUCUGUAAGAUUGUGAUGAGGCACGCCCAUCAGAUAGCCCUGCAGCACCACUUCCUGGCCACGUCGCACUAUGUGACCACCCGGAAAGGGGUCUCCACCCUGGCUAUCAUCCUGGGGACGUUUGCUGCUUGCUGGAUGCCUUUCACCCUCUAUUCCUUGAUAGCAGAUUACACCUACCCCUCCAUCUAUACCUACGCCACCCUCCUGCCCGCCACCUACAAUUCCAUCAUCAACCCUGUCAUAUAUGCUUUCAGAAACCAAGAGAUCCAGAAAGCGCUCUGUCUCAUUUGCUGCGGCUGCAUCCCGUCCAGUCUCGCCCAGAGAGCGCGCUCGCCCAGUGAUGUGUAGCACCCUUGCACCCAGGAGGACUCUGCAUUUACCAAGCACUUCCACUGCCUGGCCAAGGUUUGAGAUGCUUCCCUUGAAUUCCUUGCAUUGGAUUCCCUCUCAAGCCACAGGAGCACUUAGCAUUCGUGAAACAAUGACAUCGUUCAGAUGAGUUAAGUGAUUGAAGUGAAAAUAAUGUUACCAGUGUUUUCACCAUUAAAAAAAAAUUGUUGAGCUCUUCACUCAAUAUUAUUUUGUUUUGCUUGGGGGCAAGGGUUUCCUUUUAUACUUUGUUUGGAGGGCUGACUGGGGGUAGGAAAGGAAGGGAUAUGAUAUGCCCAUGAUGUUAUUAGAAGUAAAUGAGUUUCAGAGUUUUUACCUGGACUUUAAAAUAAAUUUGAGUGAUUGAGGAAAAUUGAGAAAGACUUACUUUUUCCAGACUAUUUUUUUUUACAUGAUGGUAGAUUUUUUUAAUGCUGCAUGUAUGUAACAGAAUAUGACCCCUUUCAAUCCAAUACAAAUAGUUUACAUAAUUGUGUUUGGAAGGGACCUCAUUUGCUAACGUGAACUCAGUAAUGUCACCGACACUGAAACCGUGAACCCAUUCUUAUCCAUUCUUUCUUUCCUUUCGGCAGUUACUGUUCACAAGAAUUACUUCGGUAUUUCUAUAAAUGUUGCAACUCCUUCUGCAUGGUCGACUGUGUUAGCUAGGCCACUUGUUUCAAAUGUUGCCAUGUCAAUCUAGAUUCCAACGGGUCACUUUUCAAUAUAGUUUUUCAAUAUGUACUUUCUAAAAUGAAUCCUGAAAUAGGUUUUGAUCUUCAUAUGAAGUAGGAUUGAUUAGAUCCACCAUUGUAGUUUCUUAAGCUAUUGUCUGAUUGUUUUCAGAAAACAAAAGGAAAAAAUAUUAAUAAUAGCAAUUGAAAGUAGAUUAAAUUUAUUUUAAUAUAUUCUGAAAAAAACUAAUGUGACAUUAUCAUGAAAUUAAAAAAAUCACCUUUCCUCUCUCUCUGAGAAUAUAUUAAUGGUUAUUCUUGAUUGAGAUAAUUAGAAUAAAUAUUAUAGGCCAAGUUUUUCUGGUUCAUACUGUCUGUGGUGCAUAAUGCAUUUGAAACAGGCAGUCCCCUAUUUUAAUGAUUAGGUUUGUUUGUCAGUGCACAGCAUCCAUCUAUGACUGUGAUAUAUACCAGCUAUAUCCUGUAAGGUCAUAAACAGAAUGACCAUUGGCUGUUGAUGAAAAGUUAAGUUUGAAAUCUUUUAACUCCUUUUCACCAAAAACCAAUUUAUACACAAUAAAAAUCAUAUUGCCUGUUUUCAGAGAACAAGAAUGUAGUCAGGAAAUUGCAAAGAAGAAUUCACUUUAAACACAUUAUAAAAUCGAUGUGUCUCAGGUUUCUUUUCUGUUCAUGCAGACAAAUGUAGACACAGGUACCUUCCCUCCAUUUGCAAUGGAUUUAUAGUUAUGUCUAUAUAAUCAGUGGAAAAAAUUCUUGGCAGCACAUUAACUUAGCCCAUUCAGAUGGCAGCAAAAGCAGUAUUUCAGGGUCAUUGGGGAAUCAUUUGUAAUAAAUUAACCUCAUCGGUUUGUCCCAGAUGUGAUGCCCAGGGUGGUCUCAAGACCAUUCUGGGAGCCUGCAUGCUGAUGCCUUCUCUCCAGAGCCUCUUCUAAUGUAGCACACGUGUGAAUAAAUCCUCUACUUGAA